AUGUCUGUCCUUAACGUUUCCUCCGUCCUUCUCCUGCUCUUCUUCUAUCUCUUCCCUGCAAUCAGUGCCGCAGCACCCCACCAUCCCGCACCCCGGCAGUACACUACGUCCUCUCUUAAUGUCGGCAACGGUACCACUCUCGCGUAUUUAGAUAGUGGCGCGCCUUCUUCCAGGACGUACACCACUAUUUUUGCCAUUCAUGGCAUGGGUUUCCAGAGUCCUGUCUGGGAGAAGGUCCUCGAUCUCGCGCCCGCAUACAACACCCGCUUUGUUGCUAUCAACAGGCGCGACUACAACGGCUCAACGCCGUACACCGCCGGCGACCUGAACGUGCUCCAGAACGGCACCGUGUCUGAGCAGACGGCGUUCUUCCAGCAACGCGGCGAAGAGAUCGCCACUUUCAUCGAGCUGUUCAUCAAGCAGAACGGCCUUCCUGCUCCUUCCGCAGACGGGAAGACGGGUGGUGUUGCCUUGUUAGGCUGGUCGCUUGGCAACGCGUUCGGCGUGUCUACGAUCGCCAAUAUACAGACCUACGCUACUUCCACCCAGCAGACGCUUGCGAAGUAUCUGCGGGGAUUGGUCUUGCAAGGUUCAUGGUCCCCGCAGAUCGACACGAGCAUCCCAGCUGCGGACCGUCAGCCCGGCUUCGUGCAAUGGAUCACUGCCUACUUCCAGCAUGGAGACCUUUCGACGCGCGACGUCAACGUCCUCGAAUACGUCUUGCCGAGCAUCACGCACGUUCCGAGCGUGUUUUCGUUUACAACAGAUCAGCUCGCUGGAGUUACGAACCUUGCUGCCGCGAGUGGCAGUGAUACCUUCAUCGUCGGCUAUAACCAGGCUGCGCUCCUCCCAACAUACCGGAAGGCCUUGUUCAACAAGACAGUCCGCGCCGCCAUCCCACUCCUGAAUGUGCUCGAGUUCACCGGCGAUAUCACUGCCAACUUCGGUAUCGUCGCGCUCUGGCAGAUCCAGGAUGACGAUGCUGCGGCUGGCGGCGGCUUUGUGAAGACGGAGAUCCUCAAAGGGACGAACCAUUUCGUUCACUGGGAUCAACCUGCACUCGCGUUGAGUACCUACCUGAGUGUCUUCGAUUGAAUAGGCUUGUAGGCCCUGCACGUCGGAUCAGUGUACCUCUGCUUAAAUCGUCGUUAUAGCUCUUUGCAUCAUACUAAUUAGUAAGUCUGCAUCUAAGCAGACGGCUUUCCCU